GGUGCCUCGCCGACAGCAGAGCAGCGUGCCGAGCGCCCGACAUGGUGUCCUCGCGAAACAGACAGAGUGAUGGUGGUGUCCUAUCGAAACGGACGGACGAGGACGUACGAAAUACUCACACCGUACAGGCCGUCGUACGUUCGAAUGUACGAUGGCCACAACAGUUCCGCGGUGGCGAUGGAGAAGGCGGCGCUGUACGACGGCCUGGCCAAGCAACUGGCGGACCUCCACGCGUCGAUCGCCCGGAUGGAGGGAAACGUGGAACGCGCCAUGGACGUGAGCAAGAAGACCCAUCGAAUGAGCCACGCGUUUCUCGGCGUAGUUCAAAGUGGCGCUAAACCACACACAACGGCUCGACAAACGAUGACCGUCGACGCUAUUUACAACGAAGUGACGAAGAAGUACAAGAAGAGCGUGAGUUUUCAGCCCUAGGCGUGUGCGCGCUCCCACGCGGCCUCGCAACACGUCGCAUCCACGUCCUCUGCCAUGGAUUCCCAUUGCCGAGAGUAUCGAUCGAACGUGCAAAAGGCCGUCGCCACUACCGUGCUACGGACGCUCCGUCCAAGUUGUCCUGCGUUGUAGUUGUUUUCGUUCAGUGCUGUAGGCAACGAUGGCCUCACAACUCGGCGGCUUCGUACGUAGUCGUCGUCGAUGUGCCCUUGCUCCUACAUAACCCAGCACGGCAUGCUCAUGUCGUUGACGUCCCGAUGACUCGAAUGAGUUGAUUCUGAUGCCCAUCAUUCGCCGACCAAUGUUUGGGUGGAUCCAGGUUGAAGCCAG